GGACUGGGGGGACUGGGAAGGGCUGAGAAGGGCUGGGGCGGACUAGGACACCGGGAUACACCGGGACACGUCGGGAUACGCCGGAACCACGACUGGGACCUACCGGGAGCAGAACGGGGACCCCAAGGGACCCUCUGGGACCCACCGGGACCAGAACCGGGACCCACCGGGAGCAGAACCAGGACCCACUAGGACCCACCGGGACUCACCGGGACCCACUGAAAGCAGAACCAGGACCCACUGGGACCAGACUGGGACCUCUCCGCGCCCCCCGCCCCCCGAUGUUGUCCCCCGCCAUCCGCCGGCUCCUGGCCCUGCUGCGCCCCGAGUGCGGGCAGUGGGCGCUGGUGGGGGUGCUGAUGGUGGCCUCGGCCCUCGGCGAGGUGGCAGGCCCAUACUUCACGGGCCACAUCACUGACCAGGUGACACAGGAGGACACGUCAGCGGCCAUGUGGCCCUUGGUGGUGCUGGGGCUCGGCAGUGCCCUCACCGAGCUGGUCUGUGACGGCACGGCGGCCGUGGCGCUGACGCGGGCACGGGCGCGGCUCCAGUGCGGCGUGGUGGCCGCGGUGCUGCGGGGGGACGUGCCCGGCCCGGGGGGCAGCCUGGGAGACACGCCGGGUGCGGUGGCCGCACGGGUGACGGGGGACGCGGAGGCGGCGCACGCGGCGCUGGCCGACGCGGUGGUCCCGGCGCUGUGGGCGCUGGCCCGGGCCGGGGCCUUGCUCGCCGUGAUGGCCUCGCUGGCCCCGCUGCUGGCCCUGGUCACACUCUUGGUGCUGCCCCUCCUCCUGCUGCUGCCACGUGCCAUCGCAGGCAUCCAGCAGGUACCGAGAGGGACACAGGGACUGCGAGUACCUUGUCAGCUCCCUUGGCCCUUUGUCACGUCUGUGUCCCCAGUGUCACCUCCCUGCACCCCCUGUCCUCCCCCUGGGCCCCUCGUCACCUCUCCAGAAUCCUCAUCACUUCCUUGGGCCUCUUGUCACCUCCCUUUGUAACCUGUACCUUUGUCCCUGCACCCCGGUCACUCUUCUGGGCCCCUUGUCACCUCCCUGCAGCCCAUGUCACCUCCCUGGGCCCCUUGUCCCCUCUCUGCACCCCUGGUCACCUCCCUGUACCCCAUGGCACCUCCCAAGGUCCCUCAUCAUCUCCCUGGGUUCUGUCCAAGUCCCUCCUGUCCCCUCCUGGUGCCUGUUGUCACCUCCCAAUGCCCACUGUCACCUUUUUCUGUCCCCUGUGCCCUCCCUGUCUCCCCAUCUGCAUGGUGACCUCGAGGUGACCUCCCUGUCUCCAGGGUGACCCCCUGUUCCCUCUGUGUCCCCCCAUGAUCCCAUGCAGUGACCCUGCAGUGACUCCAGUGUAACCCCCGUGUGCUUUCUGUGGUGGCUCCUCUGUCCCCUCCCUGUCCCCACCCUGUCCACCCUCUGUGCCUUCCAACCCUGUGGU